CACGAUAAUUUGCUUUCUACGUUUCAUCAAGUGAUCAUUAAGCCAUGGCUCCUGUAUUUAGCAAAGUUGCUGCACGUAAUUCUGCAUUAAUUGGUGCUUCUGUAGGUAUUGUAUAUUGGAUUUCUGUACUUCGGCUUAAAAACAGAUUAAAAAAAGCCGAGAUUGAUGAAGUUGCAUGUGCUUAUGCUCAAAAAGAAGGACAAAAAGAAAAAGUUCAAGUCGAUGCAAAAUUUUUCAAGCAACUAAAAGCAAUUUUAAAGAUUAUUUUGCCUGGGAUUUUCAGUCGUGAGGCUCUUUAUGUUGCUUUAAUUGCUGGUACAUUAGUUGGAAGAACUUUAUGUGAUAUCUGGAUGAUACAUAAUGGAACUGUUAUUGAAAGGGCAAUCAUUACACAAAAUGUUCCUCUAUUCAGAAAAAGUCUCGAGGCAUUUAUUAUUGCAAUGCCAAUGCUUUCACUUGUAAAUAAUGCUAUGAAAUUCACACUUAAUGAGCUGAAACUUCUUUUCCGAUCACGUCUUACCAAACACUUAUAUAGCAAAUACCUUAGUGGCAUUACUUACUAUAAAAUGAGCAACAUCGACAAUCGAAUAUCUAAUCCAGACCAGCUUUUAACUCAAGAUGUUGAUAAGUUCUGUGCUUCAGUUACUGAUCUAUACUCAAAUAUUAGCAAACCUUUAUUGGAUAUAAUAAUAUUUGUCCAACGCUUGGCAUCAGAUGUGGGUGUUGAGGGCCCUUCAUGUAUGAUGAUUUAUUUAUUAAUUGCUGGGCUCAUACUUACAAGAUUACGAAGGCCUAUUGGUAAAAUGACAAUGAAUGAACAGAAGUUGGAAGGAGAAUUUAGAUACGUCAAUUCCAGACUCAUUACAAAUAGUGAAGAAAUUGCUUUUUAUCGAGGUCAUCAAAGAGAAAAAGUUACUAUGAUGCAUGCAUUUAUGAGAUUGUUCCAUCAUCUUAAAAUGUCACAACAUUUUAAUUUCACAAUGGGCUAUAUUGAUAACAUCAUUGCUAGAUAUUGGGCCACCGUUGUAGGAUACUUAUUAAUAAGUCGUCCAUUUAUUGGUACUAAGAAAGACGCUUUAUCAUCCAGUGAACGACUUGAGUCAUAUUACAAAAAUGGACGAAUGUUUGUAAAAUUGGCUGAAGCCAUAGGACGUUUAGUAUUAGCUGGACGUGAGAUGACUAAACUGGCUGGAUUUACAGCUCGCAUCACUCAACUUACUACAGUUCUCAAGGAAUUGAGCGAAGGAACUUACGUGCGAACCAUGGUUAAUGAUUCAAGAGAAGGACAGAGUUUUAAAGAACCCCCAGCAAUAAACCUAAGACCAGGAGCAGGUGUUAUAAAAUAUCAAGACAAUAUUAUCAAGUUUGACCGUGUUCCUUUGAAAACUCCUAAUGGUGAUACAUUAAUUCAGGAACUAUCAUUUGAAGUUAAAUCUGGUAUGAAUGUUCUUGUUCAUGGGCCUAAUGGUUGUGGAAAAAGUUCUCUUUUCCGUGUUCUUGGUGAAUUAUGGCCAUUGUUUGGUGGAGUGUUAACAAAACCUGCUAAAGAAAAACUCUUUUAUAUACCUCAAAGACCAUAUAUGACUCUUGGAACUUUUAGAGAUCAAAUAAUAUAUCCAGAUAGCCAAGAUGAUAUGAAACGAAAAGGAGUAACAGAUCUUGAUUUGCAAUACUUUUUGGAAUUGGUACAAUUAACUUAUUUACUAGAGAGAGAAGGAGACUGGAAUUCAAUAAAAGAUUGGAUGGAUAUACUUAGUGGUGGUGAAAAACAGAGGAUUGCUAUGGCAAGACUUUUUUAUCAUCGCCCACAAUUUGCCAUUCUUGAUGAAUGCACUAGUGCUGUCAGCAUGGAUGUUGAAGGAUCUAUGUAUCAAUAUUGCCGAGAGGUUGGAAUAACAUUAUUUACAGUUUCACACAGAAAAUCACUAUGGAAACAUCAUGAGUAUACUCUCUAUAUGGAUGGACGUGGUGGCUACAAAUUUGAAGUUAUGGAUGAAACAGCAGAAGCAAUGGGAUCAUGAAAAUAUCCUAUUAUAUACUUUUGAACUUGUUUCAUGGUUGUGGCCUUAAUAAUGAACAUGAUAUUUAAAUUACCUUUUGCAUCAAUCAAAAUCAAGAAAUGUUAUUUAUAAAUGUACAUGAAUUUUACACUUUAUUGAACUUAACUGGAAUAUCAACGCUUUUGUUUAUAUUAUUAUCCUUAUGGCAUUUAAUUAUAAUUGUUUUAUGUUGUUUUUCUCACUUAAAUUUCUAAUUUCUUUUUGUUGUUUAAAGUGGUUUAUUUUCUCAGACUUUCAUUGAACAAAUUGUUAUGGUUAGCAUAUAUACCAAUCUAUUUCUGUGUAUUUACAGUAAUUUAACCUCGUUCUUAUAUUUUGAGUUGUUAUGUUUAAGAGGUUUUUGGAAAAAAGAGAAGACUUCAAUCCAAAGAUUUCAUUAAGUAUUUAAUCUUCCUUCUCAGUGUUUUAAUUAUGUAUAUUUAUCACUUUUCUGUUUAUAUUGUUAGUUAUAGCACAAGCUGUAUGUGAUAUAUUUAUUCUCUUAAGUUAAAACAGAAAAAAAAAAAAAUUAUCCUGCAGUUAUGUAGUUAGUUUCUAUUAAAGGUCCCAAAUACUUAUUGAAAUUGUUUUUUAUAAUCUUUAUCUGUUAUGGUGAAAUGUUAUUAUCUCAUUUCUUUUAUGGUCACAGUUAUUUUCUCCA